AUGGCCAGUAGAACCGACAACGUACCAAACUGGUUUGUGGCUGCUCCUGGCAUGAAAGCAAAGAAGCUCGAAAUAACUGCUAGCGAAGACCUCAAUUACGUUGGUUACUUUGACUCUCCACAAAAAUGGAAAAGAUCCGAAGAUGACAAAUUUGAUCCAUUUACACCUGCUAAGCGUUACGAUAUGCUAAAAAGGGGACCGUCAGAAAAACGUGCAUAUAAAAUAAUUCCUUCGCCUGUCAAUAUGCUUGUAUACGACCAGCCAACGAUGCCAUUUGAUUCUAAGUCAUGGGUUGUUACAGGAUCAAAGGAUUUUGAAGGCGAAAUGCAGUUUUUGGCAGACAAACUCAAGAUGAAAAUUAAAGCCACGUCAUCGUCUUUUCAAAAGCAAAUACAAUUUAUCAAGACGACAGACGAGAUUGGAGGCAAAGAAGCGUACUUGCUCGGUAUUACCCCUAAUACCAGUAAAAUUGAGAUAAAAGCAAGCGACAAUGCUGGUGCUUUUUAUGGCGCUCAAACGCUUCUUUCAUUGUUGGAAGACAACGGUGGUGUAUUGCCUCAAAGCAUAGUUAGAGAUUUUCCCCGGUAUGAAUACCGAGGUGUUAUGAUUGACGUUGCACGUAACUUUAAAUCGAAAGCAUGGAUGUUGAAGCUCAUAGACACUAUGGCAAUGUAUAAGCUGAACAAAUUGCAUCUGCACCUAAGCGACGAUGAAUCAUGGCGGAUAGAAAUACCGGCCAUACCUGAACUAACAGAGGUUGCAAGUAAACGAUGUCACAGUGAGUACAAAGACAAAUGUGUGUUGCCACAAUGGGGCUCUGGACCUGACAGCGACACAUCAGGCUCUGGGUUCUACACUGUGGAAGACUACCGCGAAAUGUUAGAAUACGCAAAGGCUCGCCACAUUGAAAUCAUUCCUGAAAUAGAUAUGCCCGGUCAUUCCGCUGCAGCUAUGGCAGCAAUGGAAAAGAGGGAGGAUGAUAUUGACUUCAUGAAAAUGCAUGGUUAUAUACCUUUGCCGGAAUCAUUGUUAUUAAAUGAUCGUGGAAUUCAUGAGAAUGUUUCUAGCUUUCAAAAAUGGACGAAAAAUGCGAUGAAUCCCUGCAUGAAUUCCACUUUCAGGUUCGUGGAGUUGGUGGUAGAUGGGCUUAAGAGGCUACACAUGCAUAUACAGCCACUGCGGAUUUUCCAUAUGGGUGGAAGCGAGGUGGUACAAGGAGCUUGGGAUGGCUCUCAUGAAUGUUUAAUGAACUCCGAAUUGAAAACUUUUGACAUGGCGGCUCUCCGGCGAUUUUUUAUGAACCGGGUGACCGACGUUGUCGCGACGAAAGGUUUAAAACUGGGAGUUUGGGAGGAUGGUGUGUAUGCAGAAAACAAACCAAACCCAAUUACGGACUUUAAAUCAGAUGUCUUUGUGUAUCCAUGGGACAAUAGAUGGGAACUGGAUCAUGCCAAGAGGCCUUCGGAGUUUGCAGAUGCUGGAUACAAGGUGGUACUUCCUCUAGUCACGCAUCUUUAUUUUGACCUAGCCCAAGAGCCCGACCCUGAGACACGUGGUUUUUACUGGGCUACCCGCUAUAGCGACACACACAAACUUUUUGGAUUGAUGCCUGACGAUAUAUAUGCAAAUGCGGAUGUUGACAGUAUGGGCAAUACCGUAACAUUGGAGAGCCUGUGUGAAAACCAGCCCUGCCCGCAGCCAAAUAAGACUGAAAAUAUUAUAGGUUUGCAAGCUUGUGUAUGGACAGACAUAAUUCGAACCGAAGAGCAGAUUGAGAGCAUGAUUUUUCCCCGCCUCCUUGCCCUGGCAGAGCGAGCCUGGCAUGAGGCUGACUGGGAAAGCAUCAAGGACAAAACGGAACGGGACAGCAAAAAACAAGCUGACUGGGAGGUAUUUUCAGAUGUGAUGGGUCAUAAGGAAUUACCAAGACUUGAACGGAAUAGUAUUUUUUACCUCGUUGAUCCACCUGGGGCAAAGGUCGUGAACAAGGUUCUUACAACUAAUGUGCGUUACCCGAACCACACAGUUGAACUGAGCAGAGACGGUGGCAAGGUGUGGCAGACGUUUCAAGAACAGGAACUUCCGUUGGGUGAACAUGAGAUCCAUUUUCGAACCAGGUCACCAGUACUUGGUCGAUACAGUCGCGCCGUGAAGAUGACCGCUCAUGUCAGUGAUCAUAUCAAAGGCCUUAACCAGGGGGAACUUGAUGAGUUAGCGUCCAGUCUGCAGAUUCGUGUCAAGGUCCUUGACAAUCUGAGAAAUGAUGGGAACAGGCAUAUCGUGCAAACAACCCUAAAAAAUAUCGGACAAUCACCGAUUCCUGAUGUAGGAUGGACGCUUUAUUUCCACAGCAUGUUAUUGGCGUUCCCUGACAGUUUUCAACAUGAACACAAUAAAACAGUUGACAUGGACAUUGAAAAAGUUCAGUUUGGAGUAGUCCAAGGUGAUUUGUAUUAUAUGAAGCCAAUCCUGGGUUUUGCUCCGAUUUCACCAGGCAAAGAGAGGGUGUAUAAUAUUAUCGUUCAGCUUUGGGCGGUUUCAAAGACCGAUUUUAUGCCAUUGUGGUAUGUUUCAUCUGACACUGAGGGUGUCACACCACGUGUUGUUAAAUCAACAUCGUCUUUUGAUCUUGAUUAUGUGGAGGAUUUCGGUGACAUAAAGCAAUGGAAACGCAGUAGGGCUGACCGGUAUAACCCAUACAGCCCGCAAGAUCGUUGGUCGAAGUUCCGAUUUUUAGGAAACCAAAAGGUAGAAUCGGUUGUCAUACCUACCCCUAAGAAGAUAGAACGUCAGGAAGAUGGACCAUUUAUUAUGUUUGAUUAUUCGUGGAAAGUGUUUGAUGUUAAUGGAUCUUUCAGCGAAAUUGCUAAAUAUAUGAAAGAAAUGUUCAAAGUUGAUUCCUCAGUAAGUGAUGGGCGAAAUUUAAUUAAGCUUAUUAAAAACGCCACACUGCCUGGACAAGCAUACUUAUUGCAGAUUGAAGCUGAAAACCAAAAUAUUGUUUUACAAAGCAGUACACCUCAAGGCAUGUUCUAUGCUGUACAGUCCUUACGAGCCAUAAUCGAUGACACGAAUCGAGUCAACAUUCCUUCAAUGACACUUGAGGACGCCCCGCGAUACGAGUGGCGAGGUAUGCACUUAGAUGUGGCGAGAAACUUUCACAGUCUUGAAGACGUGAAAAGACUUAUUAAAGCCAUGGCCAUGUACAAAAUGAAUCUACUUCAUCUACAUCUCACUGAUGAUGAGGGAUGGAGAAUAGAAAUUCCUGGCCUUCCAGAACUUACUAAGAUUGGAAGUCGUCGAUGUCACGAUUUAAAUGAAACACAAUGCAUUAUACCACAAUUUGGAUCAGGUCCAUUUGCCGAUUCCUCUGGUACCGGUUAUUACACGACGGCGGAAUACAAGGACUUGCUUAGAUUCGCUAAGAAACACUUUAUAACGGUUGUUCCUGAGUUCGAUACACCUGGACACUGUCAUGCAGCUGUUGUGUCCAUGGAAUGUAGAUACAAUAAAUUCAAAAUGACUGGAGACGAUACUUCUGCAAACGAAUAUCGACUUGUUGACCCAGAGGAUGUAUCAUUUUAUAGAUCAGUUCAAAACUGGCGGGACAAUGCUAUUAAUCCAUGUAUUAAUUCUACAUAUAAGUUCAUAGCGAAAAUAAUUGAUGAAAUAAAAAGCAUGCACCAGGACAUACAACCACUAGUUACAUACCAUUUUGGCGGGGAUGAAGUUGCAAAGGAAGCAUGGACACACUCGCCUAUGUGUCAGAAGUUUUUAACAAGCAACCCGAAAUAUAAUGUCACACAUGGUUUGAAGAAUUACUUUGUUACGCGGGUUGCUGAAAUAGCAGCUGCAAAAAAUGUUAAGCUUGGCGGAUGGGACGAUGGGUUCCUAAAUGGACAAUCCAGUCCAGAACCUAUUCCGAUCAGUGAAUUUUCCAACGCUGAGUUGUUUGUCAAUACGUGGAACAACAUCUGGGAAUGGGGUGGUGGAAGCAAUGCAUACAAAUUUGCCAAUGCUGGAUUUAAGGUAAUACUCACCCAAGCGACCAAUUUGUACUUUGAUCAUCCACAAGAGCCGGAUCCCGAAGAGAGGGGACUUUACUGGGCGACCCGAUUUACAGAUACUAAGAAAGUGUUUCGGUUUAUGCCCGAGUCCUUGUAUGAUAACAUUUUUGAGGAUAAAUCAGGGGGACCUUUAUCAAAAGUUGAAAUAUGUGGAGAGGACAUGUCUAAAUGCACCCUUCUGGAGAAACCAGAAAAUGUUAUUGGAAUGCAAGGUGCAUUGUGGAGUGAGACUGUAAGAACAAGUCAAAACAUGGAUUAUAUGAUAUAUCCUCGACUGCUUGCGUUAGCUGAAAGAUCAUGGCAUAAGGCCUCUUUCGAAGAUCAAAGUGACAAUAUUGAAGUUUUUGAAAACGAAUGGAUUUCAUUUUCGGAGGCGCUUGGAUUGAGAGAAUUUAAACGUCUUGACGAUCUUGGCAUAUCAUUUCGUGUUCCACCUCCUGGUGCAAGGCUAUUGGAAAAUGGAGAAAUGCAAGUCUCAACCACAUAUCCUGGACUCGGGGUUGAAGUGAGCAAAGACAAUGGCACUACCUGGCAACAAGUGCCUGAAGAGAUCGUCAACAAUCCUAAUCGCUCCAGAGUGGUUAAAUCUGAAGGCGAUUGGCAUUCUGUUAAACUGAGAACCACAUUUAGGAAUGGUGAUAAAACGAGGUACAGCCGUUCAAUAACGCUCAAUAAAGAAGUCGCUCGUCCGGUGGUGGAGCAAUACAUGUUGAAUUACAUCGCUGAAAACCUUCUUGUCCAUGUUGAAGUGAUAGAUAACCUUAACAAAGACUACAAUAACUAUAUGACGGUUAAGCUAGAGCUGACCAACAACGGUUCUAUGAAUAUACCGUCUAGUGCUUGGAGAAUUUACUUUUACAGUCUUUACGGUGCAAAAGACAGCGAGUUGAGAUGUGGCCUUACUGUAGGACAUGUGAACGGUGGUCUGUUUUACAUUGAACCAACACCUGGAUCCUUCCCGGGAAUUCCAGCCAUGCAAAGUCUUAAUCCGUGCACAUACAAUAACAAAUGGUGGAUGGUCAGCCGAACGGACAAUAUGCCAAACUGGUUUGUGACUGCUCCUGGUAUGAAAGCAAUGAAGCUCAAAGCAACGGAGAGCGAGACGUUGAGCUAUGUGGGCAAAUUUGACACCGCGGCAAAAUGGAAAAGAACACGGGAAGACAGGUUUGAUCCCUAUACGGCUCCAGAGAGAUAUGACAUUCUUCGCAGAAACCCUUCAUCUAAACCAGUAUAUCGGGUUGUACCAACUCCAAUGAUGUCAACAUUUUCUAAACACGAAACCAUUCACGUUGAUCAUUUAUUCGUAGUUGUAGAAUCACAGGAGUUUAAAAGAGAAAGUCAGUUUCUAGCAGAGACGCUUAAAGUGAAUAAUGUAACAACUGCAUUGGAUUCGUCAAAACAAAUCAAAUUCGAAAUGAAGCAAAAUUUAGGCGGAAGUGACGCAUACGAGAUAAAGAUCAGUCCAGAGACACACACUGUCGUUAUACAGGCCCAAGAAGCCCCCGGUGCAUUUUAUGGGGCACAAACCUUGAUAUCGCUUGUGGAAGACAAUGAUGGAAAUAUUCCUAAAGCUACCAUCAGGGACGCUCCGAGGUUUGGAUAUCGUGGUGUAAUGUUAGAUGUGGCACGCAAUUUCAAGCCGAAGAACUGGAUGUUGAAGUUUAUUGAUGUGAUGGCCACGUAUAAAUUGAACAAGCUUCACCUUCAUCUGAGCGACGACGAAGCCUGGAGGAUUGAAAUACCGGAUAUUCCUGGAUUGACGCAGAUUGCCAGCAAACGAUGCCACAGCGAAUACUCAGACGAAUGUGUUAUGCCCCAGUUAGGCUCAGGGCCUGAUACGGAUACAAUAGGGUCGGGCUUUUACACCGUCGACGACUACAGGGAGAUUCUCGAUUACGCAAAUGCCAGGCACAUCGAAGUUAUACCUGAGAUCGAUAUGCCGGGACACUCAGCCGCGGCAAUCACUGUGAUGGAAAAGAGGGAGGAUGAAAUUGACUUUAUGGAGAGUCACGUAUAUGGGCCAUUACCAGAGUCGUGGCUGCUUUAUGACCACAAGUUUACCCCAAGUGUUUACAGUGUGCAAAAAUGGUUAAAGAACGCAAUGAACCCAUGCAUGAACUCUACGUACAGAUUCGUAGAGCGGGUAGUGGACGGCCUGAAAGAACUACAUAGGCCUGUUCAACCAUUGCGCAUAUUUCACAUGGGCGGAGACGAGGUGGCACAUGGAGCAUGGAGUGAAUCCAGAGAAUGCUUCGAUAACGUGGAAUUCCGUGGCAAGGACACGGCGGCGUUGCAACGGGUGUUUAUGAGCCGAGUGUCAAGGAUUAUAUCAGACAAGGGCCUUAAUCUCGGUGUCUGGGAAGACGGCGUUUAUGCUGAUGACAAACCAAACCCAAUAACGGACUUCAAGUCAGAUGUGUUUGUGUAUCCAUGGAACAACAGAUGGGGUACGAACAAAGCCAAAAGAUCAUCAGAGUUCGCUGAUGCUGGAUACAAGGUGAUUCUGCCUCUGGCCACUCAUCUCUACUUUGACAUGCCACAAGAGCCCGACCCGGAGAGUCGCGGGCUUUACUGGGCCACCCGCUUCAUUGACGCCCACAAAGUAUUUGGGCUCAUGCCGGAUAACAUAUUUGCUAACGUGGAUGUGGACCGGAUGGGAAAUUCUGUGUCCUUGGAAGACUUGUGUGGAAAUGCAGCUUGUCCUCAGCCAAAUAAGACGGAAAAUAUCAUUGGUCUGCAGGCAUGCAUGUGGGCGGAAGUUAUGCGUACAGAGGAGCAGUUCCACAACAUGGCCUUCCCGCGCCUUCUCGCCCUUGCCGAGCGCGCAUGGCACCGUGCAAACUGGGAGGAAAUAGAAGAUAGGAACGCGCGGGACGCGUACCGAAGUUCCGACUGGGAGGCGUUCGCAGAUGUCCUGGGCUACAAGGAGCUCCCUCGGCUUGAGAAGAAACAGGUUUUUUACCUUGUAGAGCCGCCGGGGGCUAGAGUUGAAGGCAACGUACUGAUGGCAAACACGCGGUACCCUAACCAUGUGGUAGAGAUAAGCAUGGACGGAGGUGACUCAUGGAACGAAUUCCAACAACAGACCCUGGCUAACGGGAAAUAUAAAUUCCAUUUUAGAACGAAGUCGCCGGUGCUAGGCCGUGUGAGUCGGCCUGUAGAGCUGAUGGCCGUAGUUGAGGGCGACGGUCGGGUGGGUUCCGCUGCGUCGUCUACUCUAACUUAUCUCACCAUACUUGUCACAUUUGUUCACAUAUACAUGUUUUGGCGUGUAUUGUAAAUACGUGUUUUAUGGUGCUUCGUAUACCUCAGGAUGCAAAAAUGCAUAUUAAAACUUGAAUAUGUGUAUGUCUAAAAAUUGAAAACUUGCACACGCCUGUUGUAUAAUUCAUAAUACAAUUUUGUUUGCGAGUAUGGGCUAAACUUAUGGCAUAUCAUAAUUGGCCUAACACAUAAGCCAGUCACUUGAUUUUUUUUCUGAUAAUGACAUUACAUAACAGUACUGCAAUAAAAGAACCCAAACCCAUGCUUUGGCAUGGCCAUUAUGCAAUUAAAACAUUUCUAAUGUAAGUAUGUUUUUCGGUUCCCUUGUUUUUCCUUUCAUUAAAGGCAUUCCAAAACGAAAAUAAAUAAAUAUUUGUUUUGCAUUUAUCGACAAAUUUAAUCAGAACGUUCAUAGAUUCAAAUUUUAAGCUAUCGUACUAUAUCUUCUGAUGAACAAGUAUAUGAUGAUUGCUCUCUUUGAAUAGAAAUAAAUGAUUGGACGCUUGCAAACAUAUAAAAUGAUGUCAGAAUCGUUCAACACGACGAUGACGUCUUCUGCUAAAACCUGUGUUGCCUUUUAAGUGCAUACUUCUUUCAGUUUACACUUGUUUUUUUCCGAACAAAUUCACAUUUGUUAUAUGGGCUUUUAAAAAGACCGGAUAUUAUAUGUUUUUUACCUUGUUUGUUUCAAGUGUUUGAUACGGCUUACAUGUAUACUGUGUACUACCUGUACGACUGAAAUCGUGGUUCGUGUGAGGAGAAUGAUGAAAUCGAAUGUUUUCAAGUACAAAGACAUAAUCAUUGUUCAUUUCAGUAAUUGUGCUGUACUUAUAUGGCUGUGGCAUUGUCAUUUACAUAGUACAAUUAUACAAUUGAUGUG